CGAGGCUUUCUCCCCACCGAGGGGUUCGCCGUUGAGGCCUUGCCGGCUUUUCUGCUUCUGCCUGAGGUAGCGAGGGCAGCGGAGAGGAGUUCGUUGCUGAGGUAAUGGCGACGGCGGGAGAGGCCUCUCACUGUUCGGCAGAGGAAAACGUGGCGGGUGACAGAGCCCGCGGCGCGGCGGAGCCGCCAGCCCCUCUCCCGCUGCGCACCGAGCUGAGCCGGCUGGACAUCCAGCGCUACUCCCGGCAGCUGGUCCUCCCGGAGCUGGCCGUGCGCGGGCAGCUGCGGCUGUCGGGCUGCUCGGUGUUGGUGGUGGGCUGCGGCGGGCUGGGCUGCCCGCUGGCGCAGUACUUGGCCGCUGCGGGCGUGGGUCGCCUGGGGCUGGUCGACCACGACGUGGUAGAGCUGAACAACCUCCACAGGCAGGUGUUGCACCGGGAGAGCCGCGUGGGCAGCCCCAAAGCCCAGUCUGCGGCCGCAGCCUUGAAGGAGCUCAAUUCCGCGGUGCAGUGUGUGCCCUACGAGCUGGUGCUGAGCCCCGCCACUGCCCUGCAGCUGGUCAGAGCGUACGACAUCGUGGCCGACUGUUCCGACAACGUGCCCACCCGCUACCUGGUCAACGACGCCUGCGUGCUGGCCGGGAAGCCCUUGGUGUCCGCCAGUGCCCUGCGGCUGGAAGGACAGCUGGUGGUGUACAACUUUCAAGGCGGUCCCUGCUAUCGCUGCCUCUUCCCCAAGCCUCCUCCGCCAGAGACAGUCACAAACUGUGCGGAUGGCGGGGUCUUGGGUGUGGUGCCCGGCAUCCUUGGCUCCCUCCAGGCUUUGGAAGUGCUCAAGAUUGCUUCUGGGAUGGGCACCCCGCUCAGCCAGUCUAUGCUGCUCUUUGAUGGCCUUGAAGGAAGAUUUCGCUACAUCAAGCUAAGGCCCAGGGAUCCAGACUGCUUGGUUUGUGGUGACCAUCCCUCUGUGACUGCCCUACAAGAUUACGAAAUGUUCUGUGGGUCAUUGGCUACAGACAAGUGUCGGACGUUACACCUGUUGAGUAGUGAAGAGCGAAUAUCAGUAGAAGAGUACAAAAAGAUACUAGACAGCCAGGUACUUCAUAUACUGGUAGAUGUCCGCCCACUAGUGGAAGUGGACAUAUGCCGCUUGCCACAGUCGCUAAGUGUGCCGCUAAGUAAACUAGAAGGAAAAGAUGAAGAAUAUCUGAAAUCACUUUGUCAUAGGAUCUGUGAAGCAAAGCAGAAGACUAAAGACAAUGUGGCAUUCCCUGUUUAUGUUGUCUGUAAAUUAGGGAAUGACUCACAGAAGGCUGUGAGAAUAUUACAGGGAUUGUCUUAUGAUGGACUAGGCUUAAUUUCUUUUAAAGAUAUCAAAGGAGGACUGAUGGCUUGGGCUAAAAAAAUUGACCAAGAGUUCCCUCAGUACUAAUAUUUCUUAAUAGUAAUAAUAUAAUGAGUUGCAUUAAUAACUGAACUGGUUGAAAAGAUUUUAAUUUUAUACAUUUUUCUACACGUCUUCAUAAUGUUUGAAAAAAUACUGGAAAAUAAACUUUUAUAAAAGAUAAAGCAUGGGUGCUUCACUGUUAUUAAAGGAACUCACUUUCGU